AUCUUCUUCUUCCUUGAGAAUCUGAGAAAAAAACAGAGUGGGAAAAUGGGUCCAUUGGCUGCUUCAGAGAAGCCUCACGCGGUGUGUAUCCCCUACCCAGCACAAGGCCACGUCAAUCCCAUGCUCAAACUUGCAAAGCUUCUUCACUUUCAUGGCUUCCACAUCACUUUCGUUAACACAGAGUUCAACCAUAAACGCCUCCUCAAAUCCCGAGGUCCAGAUUCCCUCAACGGCCUCUCUUCCUUCCGUUUCGAAACCAUCCCCGACGGACUUCCCGGCUCCAACUCCGACGACGUUGUGGACGCCACACAAGACAUCCCUUCCCUCUGCGAAUCCACACGUAGAACCUGCCUGGUUCCCUUCAGAAAUCUCCUCAACAAACUCAAUAAUUCCCCACAUAUCCCUCCCGUCACUUGCAUGGUUUCUGAUGGUGUCAUGAGCUUCACCGUCGACGCUGCCAAAGAACUCGGAAUCCCAGAUGUCCUUUUCUGGACUACCAGUGCCUGCGGCUUUCUCUGCUAUGUUCAUUUUCACCGACUCAUCGAGAAAGGCUUAACACCUAUCAAAGAUCCGAGCGAUUUAACAAAUGGGUAUUUGGAGAAUUCUGUGAUAGAUUGGAUUCCAGGAAUCAAGGAACUGCGUUUAAGGGACAUGCCAAGCUUCUGGAGAACAACAAACCCAGAUGAAUUCAUGUUAGAUUUCAUACUUGGCGAGUGUGAGAGAGCUAAGAAAGCUAGCGCCAUCAUUUUGAACACAUUUGAUGAUCUAGAACAUGAUGCUUUAGAAGGACUAUCCUCCAUUUUUGCUCCUGUUUACCCCAUCGGUCCUAUAAAUCUGCUCACAAAUGAGAUUAUCACCGACAAGGACCUCAAACAAAUCGGGUCGAACCUGUGGAAGGAAGACCCAGAAUGUUUGGAAUGGUUAGAUACAAAAGAGCCAAACUCUGUGAUUUACGUAAACUUCGGGAGCGUCACAGUGAUGACGAAAGAGCAAAUGAUAGAGUUUGCUUGGGGACUGGCUAACAGUAACAAAACCUUCUUAUGGGUAAUCCGACCCGAUCUUGUUAAUGGCGAAAACGCAGUUCUUCCUGCAGAAUUUAUUAAAGAGACGAGAAACAGAGGGCUGUUAUCAAGUUGGUGUCCACAAGAGCAAGUUCUAGCUCAUCGUUCAGUAGGGGGAUUCUUAACACACUGCGGGUGGAACUCAACGAUUGAAAGUAUAUGUGGCGGAGUGGCUAUGAUCUGUUGGCCGUUCUUCGCAGAGCAGCAAACGAAUUGCAGAUUUGCGUGUGAAGAAUGGGGAAUUGGGUUGGAGAUAGAGGGUGAUGUGAAGAGGGAAGGAGUUGAGAAGCUUGUGAGAGAGUUGAUGGAGGGAGAAAAAGGCACAGAGAUGAAGAAGAAGGCACUUGAAUGGAAGAAAAUGGCCGAGGAAGCCACUUGCAGACCAGAUGGAUCUUCGUUUCAGAAUUUUGAGAUCAUGGUUCGACAAGUUCUUCUGCCAAAAACUGUUACCAACUAGCCAGAUAUAGUUUACCAUAGUGGUUGGGUUUCCAUAAUUUCCAUUCGCAUUUAAUGCCAGUUUGAUUGUCUUUGUAUUGUAUCUGUCAUCAGUCGGGGAUAUAUAUCAUUAUCAUAGUAAUCAUCUUUGUGAUCACUUUGAUUAGAAAUAAUUUCGUCUAAUGAUGGCAACGAGUUCUAGUGUUAA